AUGGAAACUGAGCUGGUUCAGAAUGACUUCGGCUUUGCGAAAGCUCCAUCCAUCGAAUUGCAAGUACGAGACUUGUCAAUCAUUGCUUCUAGGUCUGACAGCAGGCUCGUUGACUCUUUUUCGGUUGAUAUACCGAGUGGAUCAGUAAUGGCAGUGAUGGGUGGGUCUGGUUCAGGGAAGACGACAUUACUGAAUGUUCUGGCGUCAAAAAUGGGAUCUGGACUGAAAUAUGAAGGCAAGAUCCACUAUUUACUAGAUCAAGAUCAGGAAAUUGAUGAAAAAGAUGCCAACAUGACCUAUUUGCCGCAGCAAGAUGUACUUUCAGCUAGACUAACCUGCCGAGAGACGCUCUUGAUUGCGGCCAAUUUGAAACUAAGGGCAAGCAAGAGCGAAAAGGAAAAGAUUGUGGAGCAAUUGUUAACAGAACUGGGACUCAGAGAUUGUUCAGAGACUUUGGUCGGUGAUAAUAAGAAUAGAGGACUUUCUGGUGGGGAGAAACGAAGAUUGAGUAUUGCAACCCAAUUGAUUGCGAAUCCAUCUAUUAUGUUUUUAGAUGAACCAACUACUGGAUUGGAUGCUUAUUCGGCGUUUUUGCUUGUUAAGACACUGAAAAUGCUAGCAAGGCAUGGUGGCCGGACGUUCAUACUCUCGAUACAUCAGCUAAGGUCAGACAUUUUGUUCUUACUUGAUAAAUUAUGUAUUUUGUCGCAGGGGAAGGUGGUGUUUUGCGAUCAGAUGUGCAAUACAAUUCCCUAUUUUGCCUCACUAGGGUACAGUACUCCAGAUAUGGUCAAUCCUGCUGACUACUUUAUUGAUAUCUCAAGUGUUGAUGGUCGGACUGACGCUUCGAAGAAAAUAUCUCAAGAGAGACUAAAUGAGCUGAUUCAAUUUUGGAAAAAGUACGAGAGCGAAUAUGUGCACUAUAGACAGACGAACAUUUCCAAAGAAAUUCGCGUUAGGAAUCUUGCAGCCAGUGUAUCUUAUGGACAACAGGUAUUGGUCCAAACGAAAAGAAAUUACAAGUUAAAUCUCAGCGAUUACGUUACGCUAUGUGCAACAUUCGCAGAGCCAGCUGUCAUCGGUGCAGUGGCAGGUUGGAUAUUUUACAAGCCAGAUAUGAGUACAUUGGAAGGCUCUAGAACUUUGACUUCAUCUCUUUAUGCCUCGGUGGUUCUUCAAUGUUACUUAUACCUACUUUUUGAUACUUAUCGACUUUGUGAGCAAGACAUUGCUUUGUAUGAUCGCGAAAGAGCAGAAGGAACAGUAACACCUGUUUCUUUCAUGUGUGCCAGAAAGCUGUCGCUCUUUUUUUCUGAUGAUUUUUUGAUGAUUUUAAUCUUUGUUACAAUAACCUACUUUAUGUUCGGACUUGAACCCGACGCGAACAAGUUUUUCCUUCAUUUUGCUGUCGUUUUUCUAAUUCAGCUUUCAUGUUCUGGAAUGGCUCUUCUAUCUGUUGCUGUUUCCCGGGAUUUUUCCAAGGCAUCACUCGUUGGUAAUUUGAGUUUUACAUUUCUAUCUUUGUCCUGUGGUUUUUUCGUUAAUGCAAAAUAUAUGCCAGUUUACGUUCGUUGGACAAAAUAUAUAUCUUUUACGUGGUAUGGUUUCGGGGCCCUUCUUUCAAGUAACUUCACCGAAUCCUGUGGAAUAGAAGAAGGAUGUAUGGGCAACCAACUGCUGGAUAAUUUGGGAUUUGCUCGUAACUGGAAAACCGUGCCAUUGGUGAUUCUGUUUUGCUUUGCAUUAUUCUAUCACUUCGCUGCCUUGAUAAUGUUUUAUGUCAACAAGGUUGAUAUUUCACUACAGGGCAAAGAAAAAUCGAAAAAAGAAAAGAAAAGGAACCUUAAGAGCGUAAAAGAAAUCGACAGUUCUGAUUUAGAAUCAAGGACUGUUCAAAAUAACAGUAUUACAGUGGUAUUAGAUGAUUUAUCUCUAGCUGUUGAUCAGAAAAAGAUAUCAAGUAAUUGGAGGCAUGGGAUAAUUGAACAUGAGUCAAAGGAAAUCCUGCACAAGGUGAACGCUGUAUUCAAACCUGGUAUGAUAAAUGCUAUCAUGGGACCUUCGGGAUCAGGUAAAUCAUCUUUAUUAAAUUUAAUAUCGGGAAGAUUGCAUUCAUCAAUUUUUUCUACUUUUGCAACAACAGGUUCGAUAAUGUUCAAUAACACUAAAAUAUCUGAAAAAAUGUUCAAAAAAGUUUGUUCUUUUGUUUCACAAGAUGAUGAUCAUCUGUUGGCUGCACUUACCGUUCGAGAGACAUUCAAAUUUGCAGCAGCGCUGAGGCUUCACCAUUUGACAUCAGAUGAAAGGACCUCUAAAAUAAACGAUUUAAUAAGAGCGUUGGGUCUGACUCAUUGCCAAAACAACAUCGUUGGCUGUGAGUUUCUAAAGGGAAUCAGUGGAGGUGAAAGAAGAAGAGUCACAAUGGGUAUUCAACUUUUGAAUGACUCCCCUAUACUUUUACUUGAUGAACCCACGUCCGGCCUCGAUAGCUUCGUAUCAGCGACAAUUCUUGAAAUUCUGGAAAAUUUGUGUUUCGAGUCUGGAAGGACUGUUAUAAUUACUAUUCAUCAACCUAGAUCAGAACUAUUCAAAAGAUUUGGCAAUGUUUUGCUACUGGCAAAGUUUGGAAGAACAGCUUACAAUGGCUCGCCAGAAAACAUGGUUAAACAUUUCAGCAGUUUGAGUUAUGUGUGUCCAGCAUUUACCAAUGUCGCUGACUUUUUCCUUGAUAUAACCUCUGUCAAUACGCAAAAUGAGCAAAAUGAAGUUACAUCAAAAGCCCGACUGCAAAUCAUUCUGAAAAGUUGGGAAGAUCAUUUAGAUACUUCAAAGGCGGAUUCACCGUCUUUUUCUGAAGAAAAAAUGAUUUCUCAGGAGAACUUCCUAUCAGAAUAUGCGUAUUCUAUUAGGAUACCGUGUAAUAUUGCCUUGGCCUAUGUCAUCAAUCUCAGAAGGCAAUUCACCACUACUAGGAGAAAUUUUGAUUCCCUUAUGUCAAGAAUUGCUCAAAUUCCAGGCGUUGGUGUUAUCUUUGCAUUAUUUUGGGCUCCCAUUAAGAACGACUACGCGAGUAUAUCUGAUCGGCUAGGUUUAGCCCAGGAGUCCACUGCAUUGUAUUUCAUUGGUAUGUUAAGCAACCUAGCGUGCUAUCCAGCGGAACGGGACUAUUUUUAUGAGGAAUAUCUUGACGAAGUUUACGGAAUUGCACCUUUCUUCCUCGCAUAUAUGACAUUGGAACUUCCUUUGGCUGCCCUCGCUGCUGUGGUAUAUGCAGCUUUCACCGUCAUGGUCUGUGGCCUACCUAGAACUGCUGGCAAUUUCUUUGGGACCAUGUACUGCUCGUUUCUGAUUGCAACAUGCGGCGAGUCGCUGGGAAUAAUGACAAAUACACUUUUCGAAAGACCGGGUUUCGUCGUAAACUGCAUCUCUGUCAUUUUGAGUAUUGGCACACAACUAUCAGGACUGAUGUCUUUGCACAUGUCUAGGGUUUUAAAAGGUAUAAACUACCUUAAUCCGCUGAAUUACACAUCUAUGAUAAUCAUCAACUUGGCAUUUCCAAGUGCGUUGAAACUCACUUGUGAAGACGCCGGCCGUAAUCCAGAUGGAUCAUGCAUUUUUUCAAACGGACAAGAGGUACUUGAAGGCUAUGGUUUGGUUAAAAACGUUCAAAAAUAUCUUGGCAUUAUUGUAUGUGUCGCCGUGAUAUAUCGUUUACUAGCCUAUUGGCUACUCAAAGCAAAGCUCCAGUGGGUUAAAUGGUAA